AUGGAACCCUCAAAGAAGUUUGCUGAGAUCAACCAGAGGAUAGAUUCUACCUAUAAUUACCUGAACAUCAAGUUUGAGAGCCUUAACUCAAAGGUUAAAUUCAUGGAGAGCAAUAUAGCUUCAACUUCAGCUCCAAAGCCUGAUCAACUACCUGGAAAAGCAAUUCAAAACCCAAGGGAGUUUACUUCCAAGGCUAUCUUUGUCAUAGAGGAUGAUGUCACGACAGUGAGGAACAAGAUGGGGAGGAUAUUCAACAAGUCACACGAUAGAGCACUCGAUCGAGUGCCUGAUCGAGUCACUGGUCGAGUGGCCCCUACCGAGUCUAAGCCCACCAAGUACAUUUCUCCAGCAUACAAACCACCUCUGCCAUUCAUAGGACGUUUCAAAGAACAAAUGAUUAGGAAGCUCAAGGAAAAGAUUGAGAAGCAAGAACUGAUGGCCAUUCAACAUAAAGUGACUGUUGAGGAGAAGAAAGAGGACAGAAGACCAGCUUUGGAGCAGUAUGAACCAUAUUCUCUCUAUAAAGGCAUGUUACUUAUCAUAUCAAAGCAGAAGGCCAAGAAUCAAGCCAAGAAGGAUCUAGAAGACAUGGGAACAGCUGUGAUUCCAACCAAGCUUGAGGAUCCAGGCUCAUUCAACCUACCAUACUCAUUGAACUAUAUGCACUUCAACAAGUGUUUAUGUGACCUUGGAGCUUAUGUGAGUGUUAUGCCCUUCUCAAUAUCACAAAAGCUAGGAUAUGAGGAAUUCAAGCAAAGCAACCUCUACAUCAGUCUUGUUGAUGGCUCUAGGAAGGAUGUGAUGGGUAAACUGGAAAGCUUUCUAGUGAAAAUAGGUAAGGCAAGGAUACCAACUUACUUCAUCAUCAUUGAGAUGGAACAAGAACCUGAUGAUCCUAUGAUACUUGGAAGACCAUUCUUGGCCACAUCUGGAGCAGUGAUAGAUGUUAGAAAGGGUAUAACCAGUCUGGACAUUGCUGAUGGGUUGACUAUGAGGUUUGACAUCAAGAAUGCAACAAACCAACCCACCAUUGGAGGCCAACCUUUUGUUAUAGAGGGUAAAGCUGGUGAUGAAUCACUAAAGAAAGAAAUGGACUAUGAGGCCAAGGUUUCAAACAAUGAGGUAGCUGUUCAAAACUUCAAGACUUCAGUUCAAGAGUUGACUGAUUUGGUGAAGGAUCUCCAAGUGAAACUCAACAAGAAGUCUGUUAAGAAAGCAAGGCCAAGGCUCAAGAUAAAGAAUAAGCAAGGUUCAAGUGUAUUGACAGUUUUGACCAAGAACAAGGUUCAUGGUGAUCAAAUUGAACCAGGGGGGACCUCAUCACCACUCUGGUCUCCAAACCAAGACUGA